AUGCAAUUGAAAAUAAACAAAAAAAAUUAAGUGAUAUUUGAAAUAUUAUUUAACUAAAACUUAAUAGAAAUAAGUAUAUAAAUUUAUAAUGAAUUUCAACGUCUGUGAGGGUUGCUUAAGCAAAAAUAGAAACUUGAAGACAGUGGAUGAGAGCGACAGAAAAUUAUUUUACAGUUUUAUCAAUAUUAAUUAUAGCAAAAAUCAAUUGGAGCUGUGCUGGGAGUGUAGGGCACUCUUGAAGAAGUUUACGAGGUUCAAGACUCAAAUCAGAAACGCGCACGACAUUCUCGUGAGUUACAUGCUCCAUCAUUCAACAAUAUCGUCGCUGUCCAGUCUCUCGACGAGUGUGUGUAACAAUGAAAUUAUAUACAAUACGAACUGCGCUCGUAGUUCAGAAACACCAUCGCUGACCUUCGUGAAAAUCGAAGACGACGGUAAUGAUUAUCACAGUAACGUGACCGAGGAAGUCGGUGACGUCAAUGACGACGACGACGAUGACAAGGAAGGCGCUUUGAUGAUCGAUCUUAAAUUCGAUCCAAUUGAACACGAUUCGUCGCACGAGUCGAGAACUACGAAAUCCGGUGUAAACGACGAAAAGUUUAAUGAUUCGGACGACGAACCGCUGCAGAUCGUCAAAGAGGAGAAGAAUAAGGAAAUGAGGAAGUUCUUUACCAACGAUAAACUAAACCCAACAAAGGAUCCGAAACGCGAGACUUCCCCCGGCGUGGUGCGGAACGCGCGGGUCAGCAAGAAGUUGCAGCAGUUGAACGUCAGUAGCGACCAGCUGGAAAUGGUGGUGCUGACUUGGGAGGAGGUGGAGGCGGAACGUCAGCGCGCAUUGCAGAGCGAGUCGUUCACACGUCACGAGUACCGCUGCUACGACUGCGCGCUCGGGUUCAACCAUCGCUGCAAGCUGGAGGACCACAUGAAGAAACACGAUCCGUCGUCCGGCAGCGCCGAGUGCUCCGUGUGCCGCGUGCGGUGCCGCGACAAGCACGCGCUGGCCGCGCACCGCCGCCGCCACCGCGUGCGGUGGCGCUGCUCGUGGUGCGGCUGCGACUGGUCGCGCGCGGCGGUGUGCGCCGACCACGUGGCGCGCGAGCACGGAGGGGAGACGCCCACGCACACCUGCUCCGUGUGCGGCCGGGUCGAGACAUCUCUAGGAAAAUUACGCAAUCACAUUAAGAAUCACUCGGAGCGACAGAAGUGCGAGCUGUGCGGGAAGACGUUCCGCGACCGGACGUCCCUGAGGACGCACCUGUUCAUUCACAAAGGUGAGAAGGAAUACGAAUGUCCUCGGUGUGGAAAGAAGUUCCUCUUCAAGAAGGCGAUGGAGAUUCAUCUCGUGACGCAUGACGAGUCCGCGCACCUGUACUGUCAUCAGUGUGACAUGAACUUCAAGAACCGCAUGUCGUACAACCAACACUUGAAGUACAAUCUCAAACACAUCGACCCGGCGAAACUCAAAUACGCUUGUCAGUUGUGUGACAAGAAGUUCGUGAAGGCGACUCGCCUGGAGGAGCACAAGCUCGCCGUGCAUCUGAAGGUCACUCCCAUCACCUGCUCCGUUGCCGGCUGUCACUUCAGCUGCUCGUCACGUCCUGUGCUGCGGACACACAUGCGAAUGUUGCACCGCAACGCACGCCUCACGCGUAACCACGUGUGUGACGUCUGUGGGAAGACUUAUACCACCAAGAAGAGCCUGGAGGGGCACCUGCGCACACACACAGGCGAGCGUCCGUUCCGCUGCGACAAGUGCCCGGCCGCCUUCGGCUACGAGGCCGCGCUCUACAACCACAACAAGCUCGUGCACUUGAAGCCCAAGUGUGGCCGCAGCCGUAUGGCAAUGGACUGGACCAUCAACGUGCCCGUCCCGCCGCAGACUUCCAACGAACUGACUUAAUAAUAUAUUAUUUUAUUUGAUGUUGUGUUUCAUUUAAAUAUAAUAUUAAUAACA